AUGAUUAGGGGAGAGUUUGUUAAGUGUCCUCGAGUUAUAGGGGACAGUCCCUGGACCCUAGUGGAUGUGAGGCAUAACCAUACGAUCAGAGGGGUGGUUGACGGCUACGGCACUCUUAGAGUUUCUGGAGGUUGA